CCAGUGAAAAACACAGCCAACCUUGCCGGUGGUGUCUAGCUGAUCCCUCCCUACACCGCGCGGAUUGGGUGCUCUUACCUCGAGCCCUGCGCUGACUGGCUCGUGUCGCUGCCACUUCAUUUCAGCCUAGUGGCGCGCGGCAGGGCGGCUACCGGCGGGCGCGUGAGCGGCGGCGGCGGCGGCGGCGGAAGUGGUCGGCGAGCCUGCUCCCCGCCGACAGCAUGAUGGGGAAACUGAGGCCUGAGAGGGGACCGCCAAAGGGUCCGGUGAAUACCGAAGAGUGAAUUCGGGCAGGGGAGUGGCUCCGAGUGCAUCCGACCCAGUCUAACUUCAUAUAUUGGAAAAGUGGAGCGACAGAGGGCCGAUCUGAGUUCUCAAAUUAAACCGGUUUUGAGAAUUACAGGACUUGCAAGGGCCUUUAGAAUGUUAGCACAGUCGUCUGUGUCUCUCAUUUUAAGGCUGGAAAAGCAGACCCAGAGAGCGGGUUUGCCAUCUCCCUGGAUCACACUGGAUGUCGUUUCUGGAGAAGGGAGCAUUUUGAGCCAGGAGUGGACUUAACUGUAUCCUUCCAGUUCGGUGAAGGAAAAUUGAGGCCCUGCCGGGAAGCCUCUCCAGGACCAUGCUGCUCUCAGAUCCUGAAAGUUCUGGAUUUAGCUUCCCCUGUCGCUGCUGAAGACGGCUCAGAAUCAUCCCAUGUUGGUGGAACUCAAAAAUGGGGAGACAUACAAUGGGCACCUGGUGAGCUGUGAUAACUGGAUGAACAUUAACCUUCGAGAGGUGAUCUGUACAUCCAGGGAUGGGGACAAGUUUUGGCGGAUGCCCGAGUGCUACAUCCGUGGCAGCACCAUCAAGUACCUGCGUAUCCCCGAUGAGAUCAUCGACAUGGUCAAGGAGGAGGUGGUGGCUAAGGGCCGUGGCCGCGGCGGCCUGCAGCAGCAGAAGCAGCAGAAGGGCCGAGGCAUGGGGGGUGCCGGGCGAGGUGUGUUUGGUGGCCGGGGCCGAGGUGGGAUCCCAGGCACAGGCAGAGGUCAGCCGGAAAAGAAGCCGGGCCGACAGGCGGGCAAACAGUGAGCCGACCCUCCGUCCGUCCCCGAGAGACUGAGCCGCCACUGAGCAUCUGGUCCCGCUCCCUGAGGCUGUGUUUCUACUCUCCAGGUCACAAGUGUGUUCAGAACAAAAAGAAGCAGGUGUUGGGGAAGAGCCCCCCUCCCCACCUGUCAUUUUGUGAUCCUUUUUACAUAAAGUACCCCCCCCUUUUUUUUAAGCCAGCAGUUCUACAGUUGGAUAUGUUAUUCGGUGUUUUUGGUUUUCUGAAGUCUCCAAGCUGACUUGAUUCCUGGAAGAGUCUGUGUUUAAUGUGUCUUUAAAGCCCUCGCUCUUGUUUUAAGGGCGGGCACUUUCCAAACAGGCUUGUUUUGCAUUUUGAGUUGGAUCCUCGUGUGGUGAACAGACCGGAGGUUUUUAUUUUAAGCUGUUUGCACUGAGAUUGACAGCCUUGGGAGUUUCCUGAAACACGGACCUCAGGAUUGCCUUUUGAAAACAAAUACGUAUGAACGUAUGCCACAGAAGCUGUUCCUGGGACAUUGCUGGGCCCUGCCCCUUUGCCUCCUCUCUCCCUGUUUGUGUCACAAGAAUAAAAACAAAUACAACUACAAACUGCAAA